UCGGACAUAAUCGCUCAUUACAUGUCGGAAUGGCAAGCAACACAGACAUCUACUGGCAUCCGGCAUAUAGCUCUCCUCAUACGAAGGCUCGCUGAUAUUUACCAGCUAUGGGCGCCUAUGCAUGAAUUGGGCCUUAGUGUAGUUUAUACGAACACGUUUCAAGCCCAAGUGCACUCUCGUCUUCCGGCCGAGUUCGCAAAGGGUUUCAAAGAGCUUAUCGCAUGGACCAUACUGCCACCCACGACGGAGGGCAUGCCGGCCGAGGUUCAAGAUCCGAACUUAUGGUCAUCAUUCGAAACACUCGGCCUCGUUGACAGAUAUGAAAUGCUCAUCGCCAGUGUGUGCUAUGAGUACAUUGAGACCAAGGUGACAGAGAUGUGCGCUGGGAAAUGGGACGAGGCGAUGCUUCCUAUGGUUAGAUCCUGGAUGGCUCGUGAUGUCGUUAGUUGGAUGCUCAAGCCUUAUGCCCGCGGCGCGAAGACUAUGGAAGAAGCGCGUACUAUGCUGCAGGGCGUGGGCUCUCGUUUCGACUUUCACGCGUGUAAGGUACUCUGCGAUUUGAGAACAAGUGAAAUCUUCGACAUCAUCGUGGACUAUCCGGAUUCGGUGCCCGCGCUGGGCGAUCUCAAGGAAUGCCUGCUGCGUGUGGAUCAGCGUGCCCAACUUGUCCAAGCUCUCCGGAAAGCGAAUAAGAAGCGACUCUUGCACCCAGGAGCCGACACCCGAGACAUACUAACGCAAUAUGUAUCCACCAUACGCUGCCUCCGGAUCAUCGACCCGCCUGGAGUCCUCCUAUUCAAGGUAGCGGACCCGAUUAGACGAUACCUGCGGGAACGUCCCGACACUAUACGGUGUAUCGUGGCCAGCCUUGUGGGCGACGACUCGAGCGGUGAUUCGCUUGUGGACUCCGAUGAGCCUCCGGGACCCCUGCAACAGGCUGUUGCGGAGGAUUACACCGACCCCAACUGGGAGCCAGACCCUAUCGACGCCGGACCGGACUUCCGCGCCAAUAAGCCAAGCGAUAUUAUCAGCACACUCGUCAGCAUCUAUCCUUCUCACGAUUUGUUCGUGAAGGAGUUGCAGAUUCUACUUGCACAGCGGCUGCUGAACAUCAAGGAUGGUAACUUCGUUAAUGAGCGGCGGAACAUCGAACUCUUGAAAGUCCGGUUUGGUGAAGCACCGCUUCAAGUGUGUGAAGUUAUGCUGAAAGACAUGACCGAUUCGCGAAGAACGGACGAACACAUUCAAGCUCAGAACAGCUCUGUAUUGCAUCCCACAAUCCUUUCACAGCAUUUCUGGCCCGCACUCCAAUCGAGCGGUCUCAAUCUACCGUCACAAUUACAAAGUAUUCAGCAGGAAUACACGAAACAGUUCACGACCUUCAAGCCGGAUAAGAAACUCCGCUGGCUUCCUCACCUGGGCACCGUCGAUUUGGAAUUGCAGCUGGAAGAUCGUACUGUCAACGCCGAGGUCACGCCCCUGGAGGCCGCGCUCAUCGAACAUUUUAGCGAGAAACCUGUAUGGGACAUCGACGAUCUUGUGAAGAUUCUGGGCUCGGUCGACCGGACGGUGGUUCUCAAGGCGCUGAUUACAUGGGAGGACCUUGGUGUCCUGGCGGAAGAUGGCGAGACAACCUAUCGACUGCUCGAGGUCGCUGAACCCGCGGGUUCCAGCCGAAGAUUCGGUAGAGGAGCGUCUGGCCCUGGCAAACCGGCGGAAGAAGUUGCACCGGUGGCGUCCGUGCAGCAGCAGCAGGCGGAGCAAAUGCGAGUCUAUUGGAAGUUCAUCGAAGGCAUGCUCACGAAUCUCGGUGGUCUCGGUCUGGAUCGUAUUCAGACCAUGCUGAAGUUCGCCGCGCCUGGAUACGAUCGAAGCCCGGACCAGCUCGCGACAUUCAUGGAGGCAGCAAGAAGCGAAGGGCUAGUUAUCGCAAAGGACGGCAUAUGGAGGCUCAACAAGUGAAUACACCACUCUGUGUGCCUCAUGAAGCAGGCGUAGGCGGGCUCAAUAUAACAUAUAACAUAAAGAUAGCGAUCCACCCGAUUAUACCGAAACCCGUCAUAUGAGGAAGGUGAUUAUUCCUUGGAAGCAUCCAUUGCAACGCCGUGUUCCUAUAGACCAAUAAUGCGUGUUCCAAAAUCAGAGACGUGAUAUGCGAAGUUCAACCCCGGACAGCUCAUGAACAUGAGAGAUGCAGGUAUUUGCAAGUGAUGAGCCAAAGCUGCCACGUUUCGGGGUGUAAAUGGUCGCUUAACAAGGACCAGAUCAAUCGUU